AUGUUCUUUGGACAGUCAUCCAUUGAGUAUCUUGGGCACAUUGUAUCAGGUGAAGGUGUAGAUGUUGAUCCAUCCAAGGUUGAAUGCAUGAAGAAUUGGCCAGUUCCAAAGACCUUUAAGGAGUUGAGAGGCUUCUUAGGGAUGACAAGGUAUUAUAGGAAAUUUGUGCAUCAUCAUGGACUCAUUGCAAAACCACUAACUGAGUUGUUGAAGAAGAACAGUUUCAGAUGGAGUGCAGAGGCUCAGAAGGCAUUUGAGUCACUCAAGACAGCCAUGAUUACCACCCUAGUAUUGACCUUGCCAGGCUUUGAGAAGCCAUUUCAGCUGGCCACAAAUGCUUGUGACUAA